AUGCCAGAGUUAGCAGGGGACGAAAGUUGUCUUCUUCGAGUGGGUUACGCAUUACCUGCAAGAAAAAUUGAAGCUUUCAUGGUGCCGGAAUUCAUCAACUACGCCAAACAACGUGGCAUUCAUUUCUUCCCAAUUGAUGUUUCCAACCCACUCACAGACCAAGGUCCCUUCGACUGCAUCAUUCACAAGCUUUACGGCCAUGAAUGGAACCUCAAUCUCCAACAUUUCACCAUCAACCACCCUAACGCCACCGUCAUUGACCCUCCCUCCGCCAUCCAACGCCUGCACAACCGCAUCUCCAUGCUCGAACCCAUCUCUCAACUUGCCAUACCUCAUCUCAACAUCCCAAACCAGAUCCUUGUUCCAGAUGUUGUCUCUUUAACCUCUCUAUCCGCCAUUAACGAUCUGAGUUUUCCGGUGAUCGCAAAACCGCUGCUUGCUGACGGGGGCUCCAACGCCCACGAUAUGUCGUUGGUCUUCAAUAACGAAGGGUUAACCAAAGGGUUCGAACUCGAACCGCCCAUGAUUCUCCAGCAGUUUGUGAACCACGGCGGGGUCAUCUUCAAGGUUUACGUCGCCGAUGACUAUGUGAAGUGUGUGAAACGGAGCUCGUUGCCGGAUGUUUCAGAAGAGACGAUGGAGAAGAUGGGAUCAGAAUGUGGUGGGGUUAUGAAGUUUUCUCAGAUAUCAGGUGCUGUUACGUCAAUGUCAGGUGAUGAGAAGGUAACGAUGCCGGCGCCGGAGUUCAUUGAAGCGGUGGCGGAAGGGCUGAGGGUGGCGCUUGGAUUACAUCUGUUUAAUUUCGAUAUGAUUAAGGAUGAUAAACGAGAUGAGUAUUUGGUGAUUGAUAUCAAUUACUUUCCUGGAUACGAGAAAUUGCCUUGUUAUGAAAUGGUGAUGACUGAAUUCUUCUUGAAGAUCAAGGAAUCACAGGAGAAGAAGAAGAUGACGACGAAGGUUGAUCAAAUACUUGAUAAACAUCUGUCGUCUCAAAAUUCAGAGUCACUUUCGAGUCCAACGAUCAUGUAAAGUCAGAUAAAUUAUUUAUUACACAGAGAAUAAAAAAUUGAAUUAAAUAAACCGAUGACAUGUUUUGACAUGAAUCGUGGACAGGAAAAUGAUA